UUAAGCUUUGCUUCUGAAUCAUAAGCUAGCUGGGUUACUGUAAUCAAGAUGAUUUGUCAGCUCAUGGCAUGGCAGAUGGAACAUUCCAUCACUCCAAAAGCACCUAUGGGCUAUGACAUGGCUGCCGCGUCACCAAGAAGAAGAAGAAGAAGAAGAAUGAAGCAGCUUCCAAAGAGGACGUACGUGCUCAGCUGCCUACCAAAGUCCACACAAAGUCACAAACUUACUCAUCUCUCCAGUGACAAAAGCAAAUUUGAUUUGAUCACUAAACUGGACCGACCACGUACGACCAGUGCUGUGCUACAAGACAUGCAUGCAAUCGAGCUCCACCGCGGCCAUGGCGCCACAUAAUCACUGCACCUGAGGCCGAGCUCCGGACACCAAGCUCCCAUGGCUUCCUUGCAUCGGCUGUACAAGAGCAGGCGCAAUGCCGCGAGCGCCUCCUUCCUGCUGCUCGCGCUCGUGCUCUGCCUCUCCCUACGCACGCGGCACGGCGGGGCCUUCUUCUUCCGCUCGGACGCCGGCGCGCGGGAGCGGGGGAGCUGCGAGGCGGAGCUGCGUGCACUGGACGGCCACGCCGCGCGCUGCAGCUACCUCCGCUCGUCGUCCCACCCGCCGUGCGCGCCGACGGGGUAUAUCGACUACCUCACGCUAUUCUACUGCACGCGCUGGUCGCCGUGGCUGGGCGGCGCGGCGAUCGCGCUCUGGCUGCUCCUCCUCUUCUACCUCCUCGGCGACACCGCGUCGGAGUACUUCUGCGCCUCAUUGGAGGGCCUCUCGGCCGCGCUCCGCCUGCCGCCCGCCGUGGCCGGGGUCACGCUGCUCUCGCUCGGCAACGGCGCGCCCGACGUGCUCUCCAGCGUCGUCGCGUUCGCGUCCGACGGCGGGGAGGCCGGGGACGUGGGGCUCAGCGGCGCGCUCGGUGGCGCCCUGUUCGUGUCCACCGUUGUCGCCGGCGUGGUCGCCAUCGUCGCGGCUCGCCGCGGAGGCGCCGUCAUUGAGCGGCGGGGGUUCGUGCGCGACGUGUGCUUUCUUCUCGUCGCGCUAUGUUACCUCCUCGCCGUGCUGGUCACCGGGACGGUCACGGUCUGGGCCGCAGCGUGCUUCCUCUCCCUCUACGCUGCCUACGUCCUCCUCGUCUCGACAUCGCACUGCUGUUCCGUUGCCGCCGACGACAUCGAUAGCACCACCAGCACAAGUACAAAGCCUUCCGAUGACCUCGCCGCCCCGCUCCUCCUCCCCGUCGCCGUCUCCUCGAACUCGAAGCAGACACCAAGAACCUUCGCCCGCGGCCUCCUUUUGGCAGCGUUCCACGCGCCGCUCUACCUCCCGCGCCGCCUCACCAUCCCAGACAUCGCCGGGCACCGCUGGUCCAGGCCGUGUGCCAUCGCCUCAGCGCUCUUCUCCCCUCUCCUUCUUGCCGCCGUCACCUCCCCGACUAGACCAACAACGGUGCUCCUCGCCGGCGCCCUCACCGGCACGCUGCUCGCGAUCGCCGCGGCCGCGACCACGGACGCAGCGGCACCCCCACACGGCCGGUACGCCCGCCUCCCGUGGCUCACCGGCGGGUUCCUCAUGUCCAUCCUCUGGUCCUACCUCCUGGCCCGGGAGCUCGUGGCCCUCCUUGUGUCCGCGGGCAUCAUCAUCGGCGUCCCCGCGAGCGUGCUCGGCGUCACGGUGCUCGCGUGGGGCAACUCCCUAGGCGACAUGGUCGCGGACGUCGCAAUGGCGACGCAGGACGGCGCGUCGGGCGCCCAGACGGCCGUGGCGGGGUGCUACGCCGGGCCGGCGUUCAACACGGUGGUGGGGCUGGGGCUCUCGAUGGCACUAGCGGCGGGGGCGCGCUACCCGGAGCCGUAUGAGAUCCCCGUGGACGCGUCGACGUAUGUGACGGUGGCGUUCCUGGUGACCGGGCUGGCAUGGGCGCUGGUGGCGCUGCCGGCGAGGGGGAUGAGGCUGGACGCCACGCUCGGUGCCGGGCUCGUCGCCGUGUACCUCUGCUUCCUCGCCGUCCGGGUCGCCGACGCCGUCGGCGUCCUCAGCCUAGAUUCUCUCCUGCCAAGACGGUGAUUGAGGACUGUCGGAUUGGAUUUGACGGUGCAGCGGCCGGCAAGAUCGAACAGGAUCAAGAGGACGAAGAAGACACGAUCAAAUUGAAGCCGGUGGUUGGUGCGUAAGCGAUGGAUGCUUGUGUGGAGCGGCUUUUGGUUUGGAUGCUUCUCACACGAGAUAAUUACAGGGCGCUAUCAUACUUGACACCAUGUAACGAAUUGAUAUCAAUAGUUAUUUUUUUGCGUGUCA